AUGCCACGUCUGAGGACUGUGCAAUCUAAAGUGACCAAGUCACCACGCCGUCCUUUCGAGAAGGAGCGUCUUGACCAGGAAUUGAAACUCAUCGGUGAGUUCGGAUUGAAGAACAAGCGUGAGGUGUGGCGCGUCAAAUAUACUUUGGCCAAGGUCCGUAAGGCUGCUCGUGAGCUCCUUACCCUUGAGGACAAGGACCCAAAGCGUCUCUUCGAAGGAAAUGCCCUUCUCCGUCGUUUGGUCAAGAUCGGUGUGCUCGACGAGGGAAAAAUGAAGCUCGAUUACGUUCUCGGUCUUAAAGUUGAGGACUUCCUUGAGCGCAGACUUCAGACCCAAGUCUUCAAGCUCGGAUUGGCCAAGUCCAUCCAUCAUGCUAGAGUCUUGAUCAAGCAAUUCCACAUUCGUGUCCGCAGACAAGUCGUCGACGUUCCAUCCUUCAUUGUUCGUCUCGACUCACAGAAGCAUAUCGACUUCUCGCUCCAAUCACCAUACGGAGGAGGUCCACCAGGACGUGUGAAGCGACGUGCCUUGAAGAGAGGUGACGGAGGAUCCGCCGAGGAGGACGAUGAGUAA